AUGCUCAAAGCUACUAUAGUUGUGGAAUGGUCCAUUGGAUUUGACACAUGCAUUUUGCCCUACACUGAGAGUCUCAAUUGCACAGAAGUUAAUAUCUUCUUUGACAUAAAUUUAUCUCCAUCAGAUCCAAGACAUGAUGUCUCUCCCUACAAUAACAAUAUACCCACAGAUCCGAUCUUCAUAUGGAAUGCCACUUUCUUGCAAUCAGAGGCAAACUAUUACAAUUAUGACAGUCCUAUAUAUCUUCACACUUUUCGCACUGAGCUAACCCUUUCCACAUCCAAUACACCAUGUGGGAUGAACCUCUUGUAUCCCUAUGGAAGCCUUGUCUAUUACCCCUUUGACUGCUAUAAUAUGGAAAUAUUUGCAUUUGCUCAAGAGACAUCAACAAAUAAAUCAGUCUCCCUAGAAAUGUCUGUGAUUUCUGUACUUGCCAUUGGCCUCGAUGUUACAACUCUUGUUAGAGAGAAUGUUACUGAUUACUGGCCAUUCUUCGAGUACAUUGGCUCUGGAAAAGAAUUAACCAAUGUCAAGGUGAUUCUUCAAUGGAGCCCCCUGGUUAUCGCAUACUGUCUCAUCAUCACCUUCACAUUUUGGUUAGUUACUCUCAUGAUCUGUCUCAUCAUGAUUGCAACCGUAUUCUUUGGCUUCCGACAACGAAAUGAGAUUGUUGUCGUCCCAAUUGGGAUAGUGUUUGCCUUUACCCAACUACGAUCUUCGAUGCCUGGAGCUCCUGAAGGGUUUGGUGAUAUCUUAGAUUUUGUUGGGCUACUACCAUGCCUUGUCCUUCUGUCGAUUUCUGCCAUAAUGAUGGUUGGUAUCUACUUAUUUACGGACCCAGAUGAUCCGUCUCGUAGGAAAUUCACUUGGAGCGAAUUAGGUAUGUUUUUCAUCAAUACCUCGACAGAAUAA